UAAGAUCGUAAGUAGUCGUACAACACACCACUCCAUAGUGGAAGAUCCGAAGAUAUAUUUCAUUAGUCGUACAUAAUUGCAUAUUGCAUGAACCUAAAAACCCCAUUACAAAUCACGAAUCAAAACAGCCUACGUGUCAAACUCUCAUCCAUUUCUACUACUAUCACACCCAUUCUAGGUGGCCGACAACUCGACAACCCUUGAUUUUUGGACAUCGUAUACCCCUCCUCUCCAUCCAUCCGUCCACGUGUCCUCCCUUCUCUUCAAUUCACGGCUUGUACGGUCCCAGUCCCACUCUUCUUCGUUCUAACUCAUACUCUCAUACUAUACUAUCAUCAUCUAUUAGUCAUCAUUACUUUUCUUAACUGUUUUUCUUUUCUCUCUCCUCUUCACCCUACCCAACUCCACUCCAUUAAAACCACUCUCCAAACAUACAAACAAACAAACCCAUAACUUAACAUAACAUAACACAAUCAAUUACAUAUUUCUACUAUCUUCAUUUCAUAUUGAUCUUCCUGCGUCACAAAUGCAAGACGUACAGCCAAUCAGCAACAGCCUUGUCGGCGGAAGGCUGUUGCUGAAGCGAAUUAACCACCAAGACCAAGAUAACAUGAUCAAUAGUAGUAGUAAUAAUACUAACUACCAAAUUCUACAACAUCAUCAGCAACACCAAAACCACCACCAGCAACAACCGCAGGCGGCGGCGUUGAAGUGUCCGAGGUGUGACUCAUUGAACACAAAAUUCUGCUACUACAACAACUAUAAUCUCUCGCAACCACGUCAUUUUUGUAAGAACUGCCGUCGCUACUGGACCAAGGGUGGCGUCCUUCGUAAUGUCCCCGUCGGCGGAGGCUGUCGAAAAUCUAAACGAUCAUCGAAGCCGAAAACAUCUACAAUGAUUUCCAUCUCAUCUAAGAAAACUGCUCAGAAUAAUAAUAGUAACAAUAACAGUUCUCAUUCUAGCAGUGAGAGCUCCUCCACGCCGCCCACCGUCAACGGCGGCGCGUUGUUUCAAAUUCCGGAGAUUGAGAACUUCGGGAUGACAUCGGAGAUUGAGCCGAGUCUGUUCUCCGGUGAUAUUGGUGGGUUCAUGAAUUUAAUCAACAACAAUGAAAAUCAUAAUAAUAAUAACAGUAAUAAUGAUGAGAAUAAUAGCAGUGUGAUGACUGCUGAAGAAGGGAAUGGAACGGCGUCGUUUAGUGAAUACCUGCAGAAUCAUCAGGAGUGGGAUAUGGAGAAGAUUUGUGGGGUCCAUCAAGAAGAGGAUAAGAUUGGGGGAUCCAUUGAUCUGGUGGUGGAUCCGACGGUCAGGAUUGAAGAUUUGUUGCAGAACAGAGGAAGUAAUGUGGGGUUUACUACACUAGAUUGGCAUCUAACGGCUGGUAAUAAUAAUAAUAAUAAUAACAAUGAUGAUAAAUUUGAUAAUAAUCAAAGUUUAUUUGAAGUUCCUCAAAGCUCAACCGUUGAUCAUCAUGAUUAUUGGAGUCAAUCAACUACAGCCGUUCAUCAUCAUCAAUGGUCUGAUUCUACUACUAGUCAUCUUCCUUGAUUAAUAUUGUUUCUCUUUUUAACACCCAAUAAUUCAUAUUUUAAUUAUAAGUUUUUUUUUUUUUUUUUUUUAAGAAAAUGGAGUUAAGAUGUAAAUUUUUUAAUACCCGUUUUUUUUUUUUUUUUUUAAAACCCCAAUUAUUGGGUGUUUUAAUAGGGUUGAUUGAUACUUGUGUUUAGAAUGAUGUUUGCCUGAUUUUCUUUCCUAGUAGUGAAAAAAAUUAGGAUUGAUAUGAUAAUUGAUGGGUGUUUUAAUUUGAAUUAUACUACAAAUAUGGGGUGUGUUAUGUAUAUUUUCUGACUAACCUAGAAUUUUAUGUAUCUAAUGUUUGUACCCAUUUUUAAUUUCAAGUCUAAAUGAAAUCUAAUGAUUUUUAGUUAA